UCGGUGCCGUGUCCGUGACCUGCAGGGAGCCAUGGCGGAGCCGCAGGCCCCCUCCGGCGGCCUCAGCGACCAGGCGGCCCUCGGAUGCUGCUCGGAGCCGGACCCCAGCACCAAGGAUUUCCUGUUGCAGCAGACCAUGUUACGUGUUAAGGAUCCUAAGAAGUCUCUAGAUUUUUAUACCAGAAUUCUUGGCAUGACGCUCCUCCAAAAAUUAGAUUUUCCCACUAUGAAAUUUUCACUCUACUUCUUGGCGUAUGAGGAUAAAAAUGACAUCCCUAAAGAUAAAGACGAAAAGUUAGCAUGGGUGUUCUCCAGAAAAGCCACACUCGAACUGACACACAAUUGGGGCACUGAAGAUGACGAGAGCCAGAGUUACCACAAUGGCAAUUCAGACCCUCGAGGAUUUGGUCAUAUUGGGAUUGCUGUUCCUGAUGUCCACGGUGCUUGUAAAAGAUUCGAGGAGCUGGGAGUCAAAUUUGUGAAGAAACCUGAUGAUGGUAAAAUGAAAGGCCUGGCAUUUGUUCAAGAUCCUGAUGGCUACUGGAUCGAAAUCUUGAAUCCGAACAAAAUGGUCACUAUUGUUUAGUUCUCUUCGAAAACUGCUUUAAGAGUUCAGCAAGGACGUUGUGAAAAGAGAAACAAAGCAAGUCACCAGAAUUCAGAAAAUGGGCAUGAAGGAGGGAUGGUAUUGGUCCCAACUCAAAUAGAUAUUCUGUAUCCAUUUCCCCCUUCUGUUUCACCUCAUUGUUCCUUUUUGUUUGAAAGCACUGCUUUGUCUUGAAGUCCCUGAAUCUAAUUGUGUAACUACUUUUGGGAGAUAAUAAUUAGGAGAAUUCCCUUCAGAGGCUGCAUUUUCCUUCUGUCCCUUAAAUGUGAUUUCUCUACAAGUCUGCCUUUGAAUUAUCAUUUGAAAAAAAGACGAUUUAAAAUGUUUUUCUUCUGGUUACCUUCGGGGUUUCAGAAAUAACUUCUUACAACGGAAGGUAAAGAAUACUGAACAAAAUGAAACUUUACAUAUAUUUCAAAUAGCUUAAAGUGUUUAUUUUACAAAAAGAGGACUUACUCGAGGGAACAAUUUAGAAUCAUGCUGACAAGGAUGCUGAUAAAAGAAACUAAUUUCUUCUUAUUUAAAUAGUACUUUCAGAGUUCAAGGACUAACCUUUGUUUUGGGGUAGGAGGAGCGGAAUGCCGUUUCCUGGCUCUGCAGUCACUGCCGUCUGUCCCAUCCCUGAUACACUCAGUUCUCCCAGCUAUCCUCUGAAAAUGCAUGGAAAAUAACUUUUAAUAAAGACAAUGAAAGUAGUU